AUGCAUCAUUCAUUGGCUAUAUCAGCAUCAGGUUCUUGCCUAAUGGAUGCUUCAUUUCAUUCUGCCCUUGAUGCAAAUGGUUCAAUAACAAAUGGAGGCAGUCCUUGGGCAAGUCAACAACAAUUGGAGAGAGGAGAAAUUGUAAUGGAACAUGUUUUGGGCAACAAUGAAGAUUCUGCUAGUACUGGUGGAAGACGUCGGCUUCUUGGUUCUGGGAGGCACAUCUCUUCCAAUCAACAACAACGUGGGACAUUACCCCUUCGUGUGCCAGUGCCACCACCAGUCCAGUCAACUUCUGAUUACAAUAACCAAAGUUUAACCCAUUCUUGUGCUGCUUGUUCUCCCUCAACUUUAUCAAAUAAUAAUAAUUGUCCUCCCCCACCACCUCCUCCACGUGAUCAAAAACAACGUUUAAAUACACAUGCAUAUGUUAAUGUUGAUUUAAAAACAACUAAAGGGCAAUCAUCAAAUUUGAGUGUUCGUGAAUUGCAACAACAACAAAAGAAUAAUACCUCAACAGAUAGAAGAAUGGAAUUUUUAAUUUCUGGACCUGGAGCGUUUCAGUUAUCUUCCCCCAAUCGACCAUGUGCAAUAAAUAAUAACUCGUUACAACCUCCGUCAAUAAGUUUCAAUACAAACUCUUCGAAUCCUUCCUGUUCAGCAUUUUCACCAACUUCAUCUCCAAUGCAACAUUCUUUUCAUGCAUUUUGUCCAAUUAAUAAUGAAAAUUUACAACAAUUUCAAACAUCUCCAUAUUCUUUAUCACCUUAUCGACAACAACAGCAACAACAACUUGGUUGGAAUCGUCGUGAAGUAGAAGAUCCAUGUCAUCGUUUAAUGUCUCAAUCAAUUAGUGGUGCUUUACCUCCAUCUCCUAGCGGUAUUUUUCCUUAUAAUGGAAAUGGAAGUGCCAACAAUAACGACAGUCGACAAUUGUCUUUGUAUGGAAAAACUUCGAAUAGUUUGGAACAAAUUGCAACAGGAAGAACAGCCCCAGCCCCUUUACCUUUACAAUAUUCAACAACAAAACAACAAAAUGGUUAUCGUGCCUUAAAUAGCGGCAGUAGACAACAACUUCUGCAACCUAAUAAUAAUGAAGGUGGAGGAGGAAGUAGUAGCUGUUCAACAUUAAUUACAUCUUCAACAAAUACAAUGGGAGGAGAUUUAUAA